AGAAGAAGAAGCGGCAGUAGCAGCAGUAACAGCAACAGCAGCGGAAGAAGAACUGAUCAAAUAGCUGGUGGGUUGCCUCAAAACGCAUGCUAAACACACCCAUGUCAACCAACUUACCUGUUUAACAACGCAACACGCCACCGUUAAAACACACUUUUAAUCAGCUGGACUGACAGCGGGGUGAACAGCAACAGGACAUGGCCGGUGACACUGUGGUCACUGUUCGUCUGGUGAGGUCCUUCGAGCACAGAAACUUCAAACCAGUAGUGUUUCACGGAGUCAAUGUAGACCAAACGGUGCUUGACUUCAUACAGCUUGUCAGAGACGAUAUUGCAACAAGACCAGGGCUUCCUCCUCCUUUCAAGAAAUAUGCUUAUGUGGACUCCGCUCAUAGAGGAGCACCGCUCUCACAAGGUUUAAAACCUGCAGAAAAUUUGCACCCGGACACAAUGAAGAUUAUUCAUCAAGCACAUGGAGCAAAGACUAAUGAGUUGGUGAUGAGUUUAGAUGACGAUGAAAAGCUCAUUCUGCAAGAUGGCCAAACCCUUAGAGCUGCUGGUGUUGCAAAUGAAACAGAAGUGGCCUUCUUCAGGAAAGAAGACUACGGUCUCUACAAAGCAAAUCCCAAAACUGCUUGGUGACCACAGUAUUUUACUUUAUAGCAGAGGAGAUUCUUAAAGAACAGAGGUCAAGUAUUCCAGGAACAAUAGGAAAACAAGAAUGGUGCUAUCAUGUUUAUACUGGAUAUUUUUUAUUUGUGGAGAUGUUUUUUAUAACUGAAGCUUAUGAUCCACCACACUGGUAUGACUUUUAUGUCUGUAUUUCUUUUUUUUUUUCCUUCUGGUAAUUGUGACCAUGGACAUUCAUUUUCAAUGUUGUUUUAAAAAUAUGCUAAAUAAAGUUUUGAGACAGCUGAA